AUUUCUCUUGCGUUUGUAAAACAAUGUAAACAAAAACACUUUCGCUGGUUCCAAGUCCACUUUAGAAAUGCUAAAAAUUGAUGAAAAUCGAUAGAUUCGUAAAUUUUACGAGUGUUUUUCAUUAAAUCUCUUGUUAUCAAUUAAGAUUCCACUGCAAUGGGCUUCGUGCAGCGCGCACUGUUUACGUGGUUCAUCCUGCUGGUGUUCCUCAUCCUGCUUUGCCUUCGCCUCGAGAGCCGCAUCAGCUGGAACUGGUUCCUGGUGUUCAUCCCGCUGUGGCUGUACGACACCAUCCUCAUCACGUGGGUCGUCAUCGAAAUCAUCCAGCGCCAGCGGAUAAUCUCCUUCCGGCACUACGAGUACUACGUGGCCGGCAUUCUGCUGAAGAUCGUGUCCCAGAUUGCGGUCUGCCUGAAGCUCGAGUACAACUCGAUUCCGCUGUACGCGAUGAUGGUCCCGGUGUGGUGCCUGCUCGCCAUGCUGAUCGUGUACAUGGCCACCAACCUGCAGCCCAAACCGCGCUCGAUCGGAUCGAACAAGAGCAGCCGGCAAACGGCGGGCGGCGCCGGGGCCUCGUCCUCGUCCUAGGGGUACGUGAAGCUGCGAUUGACGGCGUCUCCCUGAGGGCGAGCGAACCAACCGGACGAGACCCGGCUUGUAUGCGGGACGGAUUGACUGAGAACGGGCGCGAUGUGGUCGGGUUUUUAAGAUUCGUAAGUAGGUUGUAGGUAGUUUUUGAUGUAUGAUACAAAAAAAGUAUUUAAAAUAAGAGUACUUUUAUCGGCAAAAUUUAGACUUAAGUGUGACAACAUGAAUAAAAUACUCAAGUUCAA